AUGGAAAGGUUACUUGUUUCCGGCGCAAAUGAAUUAGUGAGAAAUUUGGGUUCUGUUGUUGGUCAACAGAUUGGUAUCGCUUGGGGUGUCAAAGAUGAGUUGGAAAUACUUAAAAGAGCGUUGGAGACGAUAGCAGCUGUAACAACAGAUGCUGAGAAGCAGCAAGGGGAAUCUGAUUUGAGUUUGGGUUUGUGUGUUGAUGACUUCAACAUCAAGAAUAUUUUAGUGAAAAUAAUUGAGUCAGUUACCAGUAAAAAGUGUGAUAUAUCAAAUGACGUGGUCUUGUUUAGUAAGGUUCGAGAAGGGUUGAGCAACAAAAGAUAUUUGCUAGUACUCGACGAUCUGUGGAGUGAGGAUGCAGAGGAUUGGGAUAAACUUAAGGGUUUGCUAAAUGUGGGUGAUCAUGGAAGUAAGGUCUUAAUCACUACACGUAGCAACGUGGUCGCGUCAAUUAUCAGAGAUAUUACCCCACCGUACAUCCUAAAAGAAUUAACCGAUUAUGUUUGUUGGUCCAUCAUCAAGAACAAAGCAUUUUCCCCAGGUGGAGCAUUAGAGGGCCCAAACAUGACAUGCAUAGGAGAGAAAAUUGCAAAAAGAUGCGGUGGUUUACCACUUGCUAGCUGCUACUGUUCUGGGUAA